GUUCGCCCGGAAACGCGACAAAGCAACGCCAAUGCCAUGCCCAGAGCACACUUGGGAUGCUGAAGACUCUUUGAUCGCUGAGGUAACAGAGAUCCACCACGAUGGAGCGUGGAAGCGCCACCGCUUGCCGGCCGGCGUGGCCUCCAUCACCGCCGCGGUGAUUGGUUUGGUGCUGUGGACUGGACAUGGCAGGCCCAUGGACCGAAUAGAUGUGGCCGCGGCCACCUGCGAGGAGUUGAUCCAGCGCAUUCCAAGCAACGGCUCAGAGCUGGAGGUUUGGGGCAAGAAAUUUGUCUCCGAUGCCGUCGAACAUGCCAAGGGUCUGCCGGACCAGCCGCUGCGGAAUCUGAAGGAUGUGUUCUACCAGGAAAUCCAGGAGACAUCGGAGGAUUAUCCCUUCAUCCGCACGGAGUGUGUGAUUGACACCGUUCAGGCCACCACCUAUUUGAUGGAAGGCAUCGUGAAUUUGUAUCGUGCCAUUGACCAACGUCGCCAGAAGUGCGUGAGCGAUGGCCGAAAUGACGUGCGCUGUGCUGUGAAUGUCAUCGGCUUCAUCACCUGCAUGUCCUGGGUGGCUGCCUAUCUGAGCCUGGCAGCCUCUGCAUGUGCUCAAGCAGUGAACCCUGGAGCACUCUGUGCUGCGGAUUGGACCACCAUUGCAGGAGCCUUCGGGGAAAUCGCAUAUGCUGGUGCUGGGGUGCGACAGGAUUGCAAAAUCUAUGGCAAAUGGGCAAAACGCAAGGGCUAUGGGUUGUCUACCACACGCAGGCCUUAUUUGCGCUUCUUCCCUGAUGCACGCCGGCUACAAGGGACACCUCCAUCAACAGCCGAUGCAGCCAAUGCGGUACUUCCGGGGGAUAAGAUUGAAACGAUCUACAAGUUUGACUUGCUGAACUCCGCACGGAGAUAUCGGAAAUUUGAUAUCACUGCAUGUGUGGCUGAAGCCUUCCAAGCUGCGUCUUUCCUCAUUCGUGCCUUGUUGCAGAUCAGAGAUUCAGCCCAAGCCUGUCCAGAUCCAAGGAACUGUGCCAUCAACAUCAUGAAUGUGAUCUCCUCCUUUUCAUGGAUCUCGCAUUUUUCGGUGCAAGCUGUGGACGAUUGUGCCACCUUGGGCUCACAAGAGGCUCGCUGCGGCGCGGAGAUUUCAGCCUUGAUCGCUGCCUUGAUGAUGUCACCUGCUGCUGGCUAUGCAACCACCUCGGAUUCCAUGUCUCAGGAGCUUCAGCGUCCAGGCGACUUGAGUGAGUGCAUAGAAACACGACACACGUCGUGGCCGCACCUGCCGUCCUGCGAUGCAAAGACAUCUCGCAGCGGCCUUCAAGGGAUGGACGACGUGGCAACGUGUCGAAAAAAGGGAACGAUGGACGACGAUGGACCAAAUGGAGAUGAGUCGGAUAGCCCCGAACCGGGCGUGUCGUACUGGCGCAGCGUCAGUGCUGCUGUAACUUUACUCUGCCUGGGCUUUGUGGCGUUCGCCUUCUAUCCUCGUCCCUCACACUUUGACCUGGCGGCCACUGCGGAUCUGCUAGAGGAGUGGGAAGAGAUUCCGAACAUCUCCAGAGUGAUCACACGUGCACAGGGACUUCAACCCGCCAGCCCGGUGCGGAAUCUGCGUGAUCUCUUCAUCACCUACGAGCCGUACCCACAGGAGAUCCUACCCUUCGUGCGCACGGCCUGUGUGAUCGAUGCGGUGCAAGCCACAGCUUACUUGGGCCACGCGGUGGUCUGGUUGUACCGAGCCAUUGAUUACAACGGCCUGGAGUGUCCCAGCAAUACUCCAGCAGGUUGUGCCAUCAGUGUAGCAGGCUUCGUGGCGUCCAUCAGUUGGGUCGCUUCCUACCUGAGCCUCGCCGCCUCCAGCUGUAGCGACGCAGUGAACAGCGGUGCGCUCUGCGCGGCGGACUGGACUGCCUUGGUGGCCGACAUGAGUGAAAUCGCCUCCAGUGGCGCAGGGGUGAAGAGGCAUUGCGAUUUCAAGGGCCGGCUGACCGGGCUGCUGCAUUUCGAGACCAGGAAGAAACCAUACUACGAGCGCUUCAUUGCAGCAGCCAAAGGUCCGGCCAAGACCAUUUUGGCCAUCACUAAGAGGGAACACGACAAUCAAGAGCAUGCCAUGGACAUUACAAUGUGUGUGAUGGAUGUGACCAAUGCAGCAUCCUUCUUGGUUCGAGCAGCGCUACAAAUUGGCACGGCCACCGCGGCAUGUCCCGAUCCCAAGGCGUGUAGCAUCGAUAUUUUGGAAGUGAUCUCGUCCUUUGCCUGGAUCUCCCGAUUUGUAUCAAUGGCGGUAGCAGAUUGCUCCAAGCGGGGCAACAUGAAGGCUCGUUGUGGGGCCGAUAUUUCCAACCUUGUGGCGGCCGUAGCAAACGGACCUGCCGCGGGCAUCGCCACUGUGUCAGAUUGUGCAGAUCACCCGGAUCCAGCCUAUGAGUUGCUCCACGAGCCCAUUGCGCGGUAG